CUUUCUCAUAAUCGUCUCAACUCUGAAACUUAACUAGAAAAUAUCUAUUUUCCACAUCCAUUAGGUGAAACUGUUGGGAAGGCUUCCAAAGGCUAUGAAUCCUAUUCUGCAGUAUAAUAUAUGAUAAAUUUCGACCAAGUAGCUUUACCACCACCGCUGUCACCAGAUCUCUAAUAAGAAUUUGUUGAACCCUCUCGGAGAAACUAAUAGCACGUAUACCAUUAACCAUAGUUCUCACCACGUCUCCAUCUAAAAGCUCAAAGUGCUCAUCCCUACCAGAGUUAGGAGGCCCUUCCGAAUCAAAAUCCAAACCCUUAAAGCGGACCUUUUUAGUGUUUCGAUCUCCAAUCAUGUUUUCACCUCCGUCGUCCUCAACCAUCUCCACAAUUGACUAAUUGUAAUUUUAAAACAUUAAUAUCAUACAAAAACGGUAAUCCAUUAAAUAAAAACAACUUAUUUUUAUUUUCGUAUGUGUUUUAGUAAAUAAUAACAUAGCAUUACUUAUAUAGUUUUUUGUCACAUGUUAUUACGUGAUUGGAUGAUGUGAUUAUUGAUUAUAGUUGAUAUUAACAAAUCCUUAAAUUAUUGAUAAAAUGUUAAAGUUAUUAGGAAAACGAUAAAGGAAUUUCAUAAGUUUUUGUUAGUGAAGCUGAUUGUGGAAAUUCCCAAUUUGGAUACCAUUUCUUUAAAGGAAAAUUAGAUAUAAAGAUUGGAAGGUGACAGUAAAGGGUAAUUUCUAUAUUAAGCCCCCCGAAAAUAUCGAAGGUAAAAAACUAAGAACUCAACAACUGCGACCAAACUGGGAAAUGAAAUGAGAAGUAGAAAAGCCAUAAACACAAACAAUGAGAACAGAUAUUACCAACAUAUUACCAGAAGAGUGUAUUUCUUACAUCCUUUCCUUGACAUCCCCAACCGAUGUUUGCCGAUCAAAGCUUGUCUCUCCGGUCUUCAGAUCGGCAGCUGAUUCUGAUACCAUUUGGGGAAAAUUUCUUCCCUCUGAUUGUUAUGAUAUCAUUUCCAAUGCUUCUUCAUCAUCAUCCUCCAAGUUGUUGACUUCUUCCAUGUCCAAAACACAGCUUUAUUUCCAUCUUUGCAAGAACCCCAUUAUUAUUGACAACGGUACCAUGAGUUUUGGCCUCGACAAAGCAACAGGGAAAAAAUGUUAUAUGCUGGGGGCUCGACGGCUUUCAAUUGCUUGGGCAAACACGCCUAGGUACUGGAGAUGGAAACGUGUGCCUGAAUCUAGAUUCUCGGAAGUGGCUGAGCUCAAAGAAGUGUGGUGGCUAGAUGUGAAGGGAACAAUAGAGACUAAAAUUUUGUCUCCUAACACAACUUAUGUAGCUUACCUUGUCUAUAAAUUUUCAUCAUCUAGAUACGGCUUCGAGAAAAAACCUGUAGACCUGCAUGUCGAGUUAGGAGAAAGUGAUGCCGGGCGAACUUUUCGUAUAUUCCUAGAUCCUUCAGCAAAUAUUCCUCAAUUCUCUCGCGAGAGAGAAGAUGGGUGGAUGGAGGUUAAGUUGGGUGAGUUCUUCAAUGAACAUGGGGAUGAUGGGAAAGCUACUUGUAGUUUAAGGGAAGUUGAUAAUUAUACCCUUAAGAAGGGCCUCAUUAUUGAAGGAAUCGAUAUUCGGCCUAAAGAUAGCAGAUAGAAAAGAAUUACAUACUAUGUAUGAUAAACAUUAUUGCUUGUGACAUUAUACAACAUAUUUAGUGGGAAUAUUUGCUAGCAUGGUAUAUCUUUAUUA